AUGUUUUUUCGAAUCAAGAAACGCGGAGCUGCACUAUGUGGGAGAGGGGGUGAAUGGCGCGCGCUUUGUUUCAUACACCGAUCGGCCCUUCACUUACACGGGUUUCUGACUUCCAAAUGCUGUCUGGUCGAUGAGCGUUGGGUGGUGAAGAUAUCGGACUUCGGCUUGGACCGAUGGCGACUCGGAGACAACCUAUUCAAAAAGAUUUACUAUGGAGCGCUCCGGAACACAUUCGAAAUGGCAACAUCGAAGGGUCACAAGAGGGUGACAUAUACAGCUUACCAGGUCGAUAGCAAGCACAUUUAUCGUGACAGCUUACUGUCCUCUCAAAAUUCAACCUUUGGACCUUUGGAGUUGGAGGCCUGA